GUUUCAUUCGGUGAUUAUUACAGUGAAUUCACUAAAAAAUUGUUAAAGCAGAUUAUUUGAAGAAAACUAACUAAUCGAAGAGUAAAAUGCCGGCUCGGUUAGAUGCCGAAAGUCAAUAUCAAAAGGAUUUUAAAUGGCAACCAGACUUCCUUAAAUUUGCGCCAAAAUAUCUCAACGAAGAGGAUAUGAACUAUGCUGGAGUAUCUUCGGCCAAACUAGCAAACACUUUUGAGCCUCCAAUACAACGUAAAAAGAGAACUGUCUUUGAGAAAGCUGAUGAUGAUGAGUACAUGCUAUUAGGAGAUCAAGCAAAAUUCGGGCAGAGUAUUGUUUAUAGAACAAGAAGAUCGGUUUCCUGUUCUCGUGAAAGAAGCCUACCCAAGGAACCUAUUGAAGAGAAAAAAGAGAAAAAAGACGAAGAAAUUCAAGUAAAACCCGCUCCAGUAGUAAUUGUUGACACUGGCGCAAAAAAAUCAGAGACUAAGCCUACAAAAGAUAAAGAAAUAUUUGCCGAUCGCCUUGUUGAGAAACUCCAUGAAGUAGAUGAAAACAGAAAAAAAGAGAAGAGUAAAGAAAAGACUGUUAGCCAUGUUAGAGAAAGUAGAAACGAUAAACGCAAUAAAGAGAAUAUUAAGAUCUUAAAGAAGGCUAAAGAGAAUAAAAGAGUAAGACCAAUCAAGAAAGAUAAAUUAGUUAAGGAAGUUGUCGCAUCAGUUGAGGAAAAGAGGCCGGUAGAGAUUGAAAAACCGGCAGAAAAAGAUUACAUUUUAAAAUACAAAGCUGGAAUAGCCCCCACAAGACCGAAAUUUAAAAGAUUAUCUGAAUAUCAACGACAAUUUAAUUGGAAAACAGCACUACACGCAUCUCCUAUUCUCCAAGCGGAGCAGGUUGUUUUUAACUCGGAUGCCAGCCUACAUCCUCCGAAAUUAAAGGAAAGGGUAGAGAGUGAAUAUUGCAAGCAGUAUAACGAGUCUGCUGAAGUAGCAAAAGAAGAGACCAAGUUAAGAAGAUCAAAGAGUGAAUCAAUGAUAGCUGCUCCAGGAUCAAAGCCAUCUAUUACAGUAGACAAUAAACGACUGAUUAAGGAAUCAGCCAAUCCGUUGACUCCUUUCUUUCCUACGAAAUCUGCAACUUUCUAUCGAUCCGAAUAUGAUCAACAAUAUAAACCUCCUCAAGUCUACGACUAUGAGGACGGUUGCUGGAAAAGGUCUGCUCCAAAGACUUCUGAGAUUAGUUCCUCUUGGUAUCAAGAAGUUAUCGAACUUCGCAAAUUGGCAACUGCGUAUAAGAAUCGCGGCUACGGAAUUGGUGCCAAGACUAGAAGCCCUCCAUACGAAGAAUAUGAUAUUUCCUCCAUUUCCGAUGUUGAAGCAACGACUAUUGAGAAUUCUAGUAAUAUCAAAAGCUCUGAUAACAACGACGCUAGAAAAGAAGCUUGGACCUGGAAAAAGUUUACACCAAACUCGGAAGAGUCAAAUAGUUCGCAACCGCCAACACCUGCUCCUUCUGCUGAGGAGAGUGACGAGGAAGGUCGAGUUCCCACUCCUGUUCUCAAGUCGAGCGUCGUAGAAAGGCGGCAUCAUUUGGAUCGCACUACACCGGCGGUAGGUGGAGCUUUGCUUGUUGCAAAGAGUAAAGGAUCGGAGAAAGUUGCCUGCGAAGAUAAGGCCAUUUAUGUAGACAUGCCCGAACCGAAUGAAGAAAGAGUAGUUCCAAAGUCCUGGGAAGAUAAAUGGAGUCAAGUUCCUAGAAAGAUUGAUAAGCAUACGUCUUUAUCGACUAGAUCGUUGGCAUCUAGCUAUUCAAUUGCCUCAGCUUGUUUGGAAAGAGCUAAGCAAAGGGAAAACUUUUGGAAAAAUUAA